UAUGCUCUGCUAUGCUAUAACCUAAUUCUUUAAGUUUUCACGGUGUUCCAAUCUGCUUCAAUCAACUGCGUUUGUACUCCAGCAUCAAAGCAGUAAACACAAUGGAUCAAAGCAGAGAAAUAAUCCUCUACCAUUACAGCUUCUCUCCCUAUGCCCGACGAAUAACAUGGUACCUCAACCUCCGCCGAAUACCAUUUAAACAAUGCAUGCAACCAGCAACCAUGCCCCGCCCAGACAUUUCCUCCCUCGGCACCGCAUACCGCCGAAUCCCACUCCUCUCGAUAGGUCGAGACAUCUACCUCGACACACGCCUCAUCCUCUCCAAACUCGAGACCCUCUUUCCCCCUUCCUCUGCCCACCCCGCUCUCACCUCUCCCUCCCCAUCCCCCGACCAAGCAACUCUCACCAAACUCCUCGAACACUGGGCCAUCGAUGCCGGGAUGUUUAAUAGAGCCGCUGCACUCAUCCCGUCAGACAUGCCGCUGUUGAAGGACCCGAAGUUUACGAAGGAUAGAGAAGACUAUACGGGGAGGAGCUGGAGUAAGGAGAAUAUCGAGAGAGCGAGGCCCGAGGCGUUGGUCGAGAUUCAUGCGGCUUUUGAGUUUUUUGAGGGGACGGUUUUGGCGGAUGGGAGGGAGUGGGUGUUAGGAGGUAGGGAAGGGCCAAUGUUGGCUGAUAUUGAAGCGGCCUGGCUUUUUAGCUGGUUGAAGGGAUUGAAGGGUGCGCUGCCGCCGGCCUACAUUUCUUCUCAGCAAUUCCCGAAGACCUUCGCAUGGAUCGAACGUUUCGACGCCGUGGUGCUCGCUGCGAUGAAGAAGAAUGGGCCGGCGCAAAAGAUCUCGGGAGCUGAAGCUGUGCAGGCUGUUGGGAACGGCGAGUGGGCAGAGGAGGAGGCGAGUGUCGAUGGCGACAAUCCGAGUGGGUUGAGGAAGGGGGAGAUGGUUGAGGUUUGGCCGAUUGAUUCGGGGUUCAGUAGGAAGGAUAGAGGCAGACUGGUAGGGUUAAGCACGAGGGAGGUGGUGGUUGAGGGACGGACGGAGGAGGGAGGAGAGGUGAGGAUUCAUGCGCCGAGGCAUGGGUUUCGGGUGAGAAGCGUGAAGGAGGUGGAGAAGUUGUGAGGGAGCCAGCUGGGUUUGAGGUUAUGAUUGUGUAUAGAUCGACGAUUCAAGGGAUGUUGAAAGUGCUGGGUGAACGGCCUGGGGUGCAUUGAAUAGUAUCUGGGAGUUGUUGUAAUACAUAGAUACUUGGAACAAUGACCAAGAAAGUAUUCGUUCAUAUUUAAGACCUAGCUCGGUGUGUAAGAUAGCUCAGCCUUAUGACAGUGAAGCUUACCAGAGAAAUACACAGCCGAGGCCUGAC